AUGGAGAUUGCGUCCUCGUCUCUCAAGUCCCUCAUAGAGCCGCUCAUAGACCUCAUUCAUGGAGACUUGGUGCUGGAGGACAUCUGCUGCCAACGCGUCGCAGGUGCGUUUGUAGAGCACCACGAGGAAGCGCUGCGCCGCGUCGUUACCAGCCACACCCUCCCUAACGGGUUGGAAAAAGCGAUCGAAGCGUACUGUGUGCGCAGCUACCUACUCAAAGCGCCCGAGCUGCCCACUCAGUCGCAUGAGGUGGGGCGGAUGCUGCAACGGCUCGCCGACACUCUCAUUGAGGCCGCCAGAGCCCUGAAGGGAGAGCGACAGAGCGAGAGGCACGACAUGGAGAGCAUGUGCAACGAGGAUGAAGGAGCGCGGCCGUCGUUGGCAGAGGUCGCCGAGGUGGAAGCUAGUUCCGUCCCUGAUCUGCUUGCUACGUCUGGAGAGAUGAUCAAGAAGGAUGUUGCGGCCUUGCAGGCGAGGCCGGAAGCGCAGCGCUGCGCACGCCUUAUCGACUCUCUCGGCGAGGUCGUCCUGGGGUACAUCAUGUAUGCCGCCCAGCAGUGUGCGCAGCAAGCACAGGAAUACCUUGGUGGCGCCACCUGGCACGACACUCAGAUGGCGCACGCCUCCUACCACGCCACGCUGCACCAAUUUGUGAGGUCCGCCAUCGAACACCGUGAGGCGCGCAGGCGAGCGCGGGAGGCAGAGGUGCAAGCUCUUCUGUUCAGCAGCGACCACACCAUCGUGGUGCCAGCGGCGAGAGCCAAAGAUAGAGACGAAGUGAAGGAGGAGGACCUCAUUGUGGUCUGUGAGCAGGACCAACAUGACGCCUCUUCAGCCCCAUCCGAGUCGCCUGAAGUCGAAUUUGCAACACAUGUGCGGGCCGCCAUGGAGGACAUACCCGCCUCUCCACAGCCGCCGCCACAGCUCCUCUUGAAGCACCCCAUCCCGCAGACCACGAGCACUCGAGGGGGGCGUGUACUGCACUCCGUGAACGACUCAGUCACGGAGCAAUGCGAAGCAUUGGUGCACAUGACGCCGCCUGCAAGUCUGCAAGGGCAAGAACAACAGCUGUCAACGCCGGUGCGCUCCUCCGCACCACACCCGAACGCCCUCGCAGCGGCGGAAGGCCAAACAAGCGUGCCGAGCGAACCUACCCCAAGUCCAGAGAUUGUCGUCGACCCCCUCUCGCUCGCGGUGGCCUCGAGCUCCCUCGUCACUUCUGCUGAAGGAGGCGGGCCACACGAAGGCAAUGACGCAGCGCGGCCGCCUCACCGGAAGCUGCGCAAGGCUUGCACUGUUCUCAUCGGCACCUCGGAGACGAGCAUCCUGCGCAUGGUGGAGCACACAAAGGACGAUGGUAGGGAGGGAGGUCAUCUGCUGUCGGCAGCGGCGUCCGGGUCCGCCUCCAUGGCGUCCUCCACACUCCCCAUCGGCGCGCAGCGACCGCAUGGCGGCCGCGGUACGACAGGCGACACCGCCUCCUCUGCAAACUCGACAACAGUAAGCGCUGUAGAUGCCUGGGAAGGGGUGCAGCGAUGUCUGCAGAGGCAAGACGCCGAGCCCCGCUCCUACUUCCUAUGUGGAGCAACACACCGCUUUGAGCCAUGUGUAGCGAGGGGCUUCUUUUGA